AUGCCUCGCCCCAAAGUACGCGCCGAAGAUCGUAGACGCGCUGUCAUAGCAUGCGUGCCUUGUCAGAAUAGCAAGAAGAGAUGUGACGGGCAGACCCCAUGCGCGAAUUGCCGCCGGCGGGACUACGUCCCCUAUUGCAUCUACGACCCCGAGGCUGCUCGACCGCGUCGCAAAGCACAACGUCGAGCGAUGAGCCGGAGUAGUGAUAUCACUGCAAGCGGUAACGAUGACUGCUCCAGUCUCGAUUACAUUGUUUGUUCUGACGUAGCAUUGUCCGUCAAUGAACGCGAUACACCUGAGCGGGUGCAGGUACCUCAGACGCCGGAGUCGACAGCGGGACAACAGACGAAUGAGACUCCCGACACAGCGUUCUCGUCUUGCAUGUCAAAUGUUGAAAGUCAAGACAAGGGUUCGGAUGGGGAGAACCGUGAGUAG